UUUAACCUGAAACUGGUCAGCGGUUGAUGGAUACGAGCAAAGAAAAAUGAGUCACAUGAAACCGAUCCGCCUCAUGAGUUCAGGAUCUCAGAGUGUUAAAGGCCAACGAAACUGGAUCCACACAGAGGAGUCGCAUGUCACACAGCAGAACCUCAUGACCAGCCGACCUCCGUGAAAACCUAACUCAGAUUCUGAUUAACAGUCACGGAAGAGGAGGACGCACUUUGAAUCAUAAUAGCGAGAAUUGCAAUUAAACUUUUUCCAGUUUGUCUUCGCUUAGUGAAUAAUUACACAUCGAAAUCUUUAGUCGUGUGGUUUGUACACUUAAAGUAACUUUACCACCUGGUAGAGAAGGGAUAACUCGUAUUCAGACCUGUUUAUUUUUCUUUUACUACGACAGACACGGUUGGCGCAAAAAGGGACGAGCCAAGUCUUAAUUAGGAACGUGAACAUCUGUGAAUCACAGCUCUAAAGAAGACAGAGCUUCGCUGCUGGGCGAUGCACGGCUUCAGAUGAGAAGACUGAAAGCAGAUAUUGUGUUAUUCAGCUUCACUUCUCCUAAACAGACGCAUGCCAACCGACCACAGUGCAAUCCUGACACCAGGACGCUUGAGUGCGCCUCCCAUUUGCCAUUCUCCAGUUCCCAGCUUCCCCCUCGCCGCUUCAUUCUGUCAAGCUAAACUGUCUUCAUACCUUGUCAGAACAGCCAUGAGUGACCGAGCCUCCUCUUCUUCUUCUUCGUCGCCCCUGCCCGGAUCAGAGGCAGACGCUGUUUUCCCCUCACCGCUUGCGUCUGCAGAAUGUUGCGAGGAACACCAGGAGUACCUGUCCUUGUUCUGUCUGGAUGACUUGGAGCCCUUAUGUAAACACUGUGCAGCUGACAGCCACACAGUCCACAGGGUGUACCCAUCAGCGGAGGCCGCGAUCGACUGCAAGGAGGAGCUUAAAACAUCACUAACCAAAUUAGACGUGAAGAUUAAAAACUUCGAGGACGUAAUGCAGGCCUGCAGAACGGCAUCCAAGUGCAACCAGGCUGAUUCCCACCUCACAGAGGAGAUCGUGAAGGAAGAAUUUGAGAAACUUCAUCGAUUUUUGAGAGAGGAGGAAUCAGCCAGACUUCAUGCGCUGAUGGAGGAGAGGGAGGAGAAGAGCAGGAAGGCUGCAGCGAAGAUGAACCGACUGAACGAGGAGAUAACAUCCCUGGAGGACAAGAUCCGGCUGACUGAACGGGAGCUCCAUGCCGGGGGAGAAGGAUCCGAUUACUUACAGGAAUACCAAGAUACAAUGAGUAGCACUGGGUGUGCUAGCGCCAAGCCAGAGAGGAUUCACACGCCAUUACUCAACGUGGCAAAACACUUAGGCAACCUCCGAUACGCCGUUUGGGAGAAGAUGAAACAAAUCGCCCCCUAUACUCCGGUGACUCUGGAUCCCAGAACAGCAGGCCGGGCUGUGAGGGCGUCGCCUUCAGAGCUGAGCCGUUUCCAUGGCACCGCUGGACCCUGGUGGAGCGCAGAGCGGCCCAUAAAUGAGGCGGAGUCUGAACACCUCCACCCUCAUUCCGGCACCCUGGCAAGAGAGGGCUUUAGCUCCGGGGUGCACUGCUGGGACGUGGAGGUUGGGGACACCGACAGAUGGACAGUGGGUGUAGCCGCUCUGUCGGCGCUGAAAACCACCACAUGUGAAGCAUCUCCAGAAGCCGGACUCUGGUGCGUCAGGCUCGAGGAUGGAGAGUACCAAGCUCUCACGACUCCCACUCAAACCCUCGACGUCGGCGGCUCACGCCACCUCAACAGAGUCCGAGUAAAACUGGACCUUGACGGAGGGACGGUGACAUUCGUGGAUGCCGACACGGACGCGCCUCUUUUUACCUUCACGCAUUGCUUCUCGGGAGCAGUCUGUCCUUACUUUGAGUCGUCAUCUGCGGGUGGAGGUGUUGCAGUGUUGGAACAGAGGGUGAAGAUCAGCGUGGACCCGGAGGAUCGGCCCGCAAGAGGCCACUCUCCCACGGAGAAACGUACUGCGGCAAAGACGGCGAGAGAGACGGACAGGAAGUCGGUCGAAUUAUGUUGUGCGAAAAGGGAGGAACCGGGAAAAGCUGAAGGAAAGGAGAAGACGCCAAACACCAGAAAUAUUAAGAAGCAGAGCAGAAAGAGCAGGUUUAACGUGAGCUACCAUGUUUCACUGAACAAAGCCCUGAGCGACACCGGCUAGUUUAACAAUAGCUUAUUA